AUGGUGAUACUGGUAAAACUGGUGAAACCUAGUGAUACUGGUAAAACUGGUAAUAUGGUGAUGCUGACACAAUCUUCACCUACAAUCACUUUAUUGACAAGCUUAAGUCAGGUAGUAUAA